GUUGCGCGUUAGACGCGCUGCGUAUACUGUGACGAGAAUUUCAAGAACGCAUAGGUAGGACAAUUGGUGUGUAAACCAAACUGGGAAAUCACCUCUUGGGACACAUAGUGAAUUUGUUAAGAAGUGGUAAAAUAAGAUGUCGAGCCGGACCAGACCUGGCUACUGUCGCCAGGACGUGAACAAAACCACCUGGGAGGUACCCGAGCAGUACCGGGAGCUGAAACAGGUGGGGACGGGGGCUUACGGUACAGUCUGCUCUGCGGUGGACUUCAGGACAGGGACCAAGGUGGCCAUUAAGAAGCUCCACAGGCCCUUCCAGUCUGAGCUCUUUGCUAAGAGGGCCUAUCGGGAGCUGAGGCUGCUCAAACACAUGAAACAUGAAAAUGUUAUUGGCCUUGUCAAUGUAUUCACUGCAGACCUCUCCUUGGACAGAUUCCAUGACUUCUAUCUGGUGAUGCCUUUCAUGGGAACAGAUCUGGGAAAGUUGAUGAAGUUACAGAAUCUCUCGGAGGACAAAGUACAGUUCCUGGUGUAUCAGAUGCUGAAGGGACUCAAGUAUAUCCAUUCUGCUGGCAUCAUUCAUAGGGACCUCAAACCUGGGAAUCUGUCUGUUAACCAGGAAUGUGAGCUCAAGAUCCUGGACUUUGGGUUGGCGCGGCAGGCUGACAGUGAGAUGACAGGCUACGUAGUGACUCGCUGGUACAGAGCCCCAGAGGUCAUCCUCAGCUGGAUGCACUACACCCAGACUGUGGACAUCUGGUCAGUGGGCUGCAUCAUGGCAGAGAUGCUGUCGGGAAAACCACUGUUCAAAGGCAAUGACCACCUGGAUCAGCUGACUGAGAUCAUGAAAAUCACCGGGACGCCCACUCAGGACUUCAUCACCAAACUGCAGUCUCAGGAUGCUAAAAACUAUGUCAAAAGCCUUCCCAAAGUGCAAAAGAAAGACCUUCAGGAACUCUUUUCCAAAGUCAGCCCACAGGCGGUGACAGUUAUAGAGUGCAUGCUGCUGCUCGACCCAGAGAGUAGGGUGAUGGCGGCGGAGGCCCUCGCCCUGCCAUACUUCUCAGAGUUUAGCGAGCCAGAGGAGGAGACUGAGGCCCAGCCUUACGACCACUCGGUAGACAACUCUGACUUGCCCUUGGAACAGUGGAAACGUCACACGUUCACAGAGAUCUUGUCUUUCCAGCCCCAAGUGGUUGAGUCCAGGGAAACCGCACUAAUGUAACAAGGUGGUCUUGACUGACCCCUGACCUCCAGGAUCCUAGGUCCCCUCAACCAGAGGAUGUGCAUCCUCUAAGUCCCCUCCAACCCUUCGCCUGACGAAGACCUUCAGGUCGAAACCGUUGCACAAUAGAACUACGGGAGUAAUCACCAGUGUGCAGGUAUCUAUUUUUUCUCAUCAUUUUACUUCUUGUACCUGCAUGUUACUGGAUAUGCGUACACUACUUCAAAGCUGAUUUAGUUAACAUAUUUACUUAAUUUGGGAUGACAUACAGGGAUCACUUAUGUAACAGACGUGGGCAGUAUUUGGAGAAUUUGUAAAUCCUGAUUGAUUUUAUGAUCAAGUGGACAUAUGGCCCGCUGUCCACCAGAGCAGACCCCAGCAUCACGUUUGUUAUCCCUCACCAUGGGUGAUAAACCCAAGAGAGAGGGGGCCCAAGG